GCGCGGGGACCGCCGGUGCGCCGGUGCUGCGUUGGUCCGACGUCGCGGUGCGCGCCGUCUGGAGGGCGCGCAUGAGCCUCGGUAUCCGCUGGCAGGCAGCUGGUUCUCUCCGCCCGUGCUAGACGGCUGAAAUCCGUGAAGGUCCGCCUGGCACUGCGAUGGGCACCGUGCUGUCCUUCAGCCCCCACGAGAAGCGCGCGCGCCCGGCCCCUGCCCGACGUUGGGGCCGGCCGCCUUCGACACCAUGUACCACCUGCCGCGCCGCGAGCGCCUCGUCACCAACGAGAACGCCAGCGUGCUACUGGACCCGCCACCGGCCGACAAGGGGCUCAAGAAGCACUCCAAUUUCAUCCAGGCGCUCAGCUGGAAGCGCUUCUCCGCCUCCAAUAAGAAGAAGCUCGAUUCGAACCAGGGCCGCGUCAAGAGUAUCUUGACACUGCGCCCACCGCUCGACGCCGUCCACCCACUCGUCGACAACAACCGCAACAUCCAGAAAGGGUCGUGCUGCUAUGGCGCGCGGCGGCCGUCAGUGGGGGGCCUGGACGUGGUGCGGUUGGGCGGCGGCGGCGCUCUGCGGGCCGAGCGCCUGCCGCGGGCCGUGCUGACGCAGGCGGCCGGCGCCGUCAGCCCUGGCAGGCGCACCGUCAUCCAGGCGUCGACGUCCGAGCUGCUGCGCUGUCUGGGGCUCUUCCUGCAGCGGCGCUGCGCCCACCUGACCGACUUCCAGGCGGGCGAUGCGAUCAUGUGGCUGCGCACGGUCGACCGCAGCCUGCUGCUGCAGGGCUGGCAGGACAUCUCCUUCGUGAACCCUGCAAACGUGGUGUUCGUCUACCUACUGGUGCGGGAGGUGGUGACGUCAGAAGUGACGUCAGAGCAGGAACUGCAGGCCGUCGUGCUGACCAGUCUCUAUCUCUCCUACUCCUAUAUGGGGAACGAGAUCUCGUACCCGCUGAAGCCGUUCCUGGUUGAGUCCAACCGCGACCGCUUCUGGGACCGCUGCGUCGACAUGAUCGGCCUCCUCAGCGCCGAUAUGCUGAAAAUCAACUCCGACCCGAGGUUUUUCACCGACGUGUUCACCGAACUGAAGGCCGUCUGCGCCGAGUGAAGGUGACGUCACUGCGCCGACGCCAGACGUCGCUGGUGUACCGUCCGGAUGGCGUAGAUAGCUCUAGUUGACCAAUCGGUGGUGCAAACCAAGCCGGUGUGGGGUGGCCAUAGGAAUAACUGUUUCGCCGGGCAAGCUGCAAUUCAUACCCUCUGUGUGCGACAACCCUGUGAUCUCAUGCGACAAACGUGUCGUGGUGUCUUCUCAGCUGUGAGAAAACACACCUUUGAAAGCCCUGUACUGCCGUGCGUUGUUACGGGCUGCUACCAUGACAGCUCGGGCAUGGGCAGGUUCUUGUACGGCGUGCUAGAUCUCUCGUAGCGUCUAAUCAUGCAAAAUUCUAUCUGUACUUCUAGAAAGUUCCAUGGGUAGUUUUUCAUAUCGAUCCCGUAAUGUGCUUGUUGGCCUGCGGAAGAACCAAGAGCACGGUCGGCACAUCUAUUGACUAAGCGGCCAAGCGUCGACUAUGAGCUCGACAUGUUUCCAUGUGAGGUCAAUGUCGGCCAUUUCAGCGCUUGUUUGUUCUGUCUUCGGUGCCGUCGUGAAAAUGUAUUGCAUUCGCUGAGUUGAAAUGGUAGUGUUACGGAAUCUUUGGCUGGCCAUGAGUACCAAGGAUGUAUCAAGAUGUAGGAUGAACCAUCCAUAACCCUAGGGACGUGGUUUUGACACAUAUUUGCAAUGUCACUCAAGUUUCCGCUUCUGCUCAUUAUUUCUGGCGUAAACUUAACAAACAUGCGCAAGAAAAUACACAGCGGAUCUCUACGAUGCUCCGGUGCAUAGUGGGACUAAUGUCGGGAUCAUUUUUCAUAGCGUGUUAGGUUUCGUGUGUGAAUGUUUCUAUGGAUCGUAGAACGAGAGCGACAGCGGUCAUCACGCCACGAGCGAGGUCGUUUUGACUUGAGUGCGUUGCCAUUGACUCCGAACGUGUGUCUCAUCAUCAGCUUCGCGAAUGUUGUGUUGUGCGUGGCACCCGAGCGCGACUUCCACAACUCCCCAUGCUGUCUUCCCGGACACGUCACCAUAGUGAACGUGAACGUGGGCUGCUCUUUAGC